AGAAACCAAAGAUAGAAAAAGCCGUGUUCUUUAAACGCAUAGUGUACUUAAAAUAUUAAUAUAAUAUUUAUGUUAUUUAAUUUUACAGAAAUAUUCUCAUUGCACAUUUCCUCUCUGCUGCUAUUAAUAGUAAUAGUAGGUGAAACAUAAGAAAAUAAUGCCUAAACCGGGUUGUGUUGUUUUUUAGUAAUAAAAUUCUUAUAUCAACGCAUAAAUUUUACGAUUAAAAAUGAGGAUAAGAAGAUUAUCAGCGUUCUUCUGGGCUACUUGCAUUAUAGCUUUUAUAUUUAUUCUAUAUGUUGUUACUGACCUAACAUUUAAGCUACCCAGCAUCAAACCAGCUAUAGUCGAUCUUGAUGAUAGUAAGUGGUCUUCAUUUGAGUCAAAGCUCCGCCACAUAGAGAAGGAACUAAAUGAACAUCAUGCCGUAGUCGGAGAAAUAAAAACAGCAAUGGAUCAAAUUGUGGAUCAAACAAAUGAGGUCCAUCCUAUGAAAAAGCCUAAGAUUACUAAGAAACAGUCAAAAAUUAGGGACUUUAAAGUGGUGGGAGAUGAGCCACCAAGAAUGCUAAUUAAGAAUAAAGUUAAUAUGUCAUAUUGCCCUAUGAAUCAACAGACAUCUAAAACAGAUAUUCAGAUGUUAUCAAUCUAUGAAAGAAUAAAGUUUGAUGAUAUGGAUGGUGGUGUGUGGAAACAAGGUUGGGAUAUUGAAUAUAAAGAGAGCCAGUGGAGUAGCAAAAAUAAACUUAAAGUGUUCAUUGUUCCACAUUCUCAUAAUGAUCCAGGAUGGCUUAAGACAUUUGAAAAUUACUACAAACUACAAACAAGAGCAAUAUUUACUAACAUGGUGGAGAAGUUGUCAGAGGGGCAUGGCAGAAAGUUUAUUUGGGCAGAGAUAAGCUAUCUUUCUCUAUGGUGGAAUAUGGAUGCUACAGAGAGAGAAAAAACUGCAUUCAUAAACUUAUUGAAAUCUGGCAAAAUCGAAAUUGUGACUGGUGGAUGGGUGAUGAACGAUGAGGCAAACUCUCACUGGUUAUCAAUCGUUCAACAACUCACUACCGGCCACCAAUGGUUGAUUGAAAAUCUGGGAUAUACACCACGAAACAGCUGGUCCAUUGAUCCCUUCGGACAUUCCAGCACUCAGCCAUAUUUGCUGAAGCUGGCUGGUUUCGAGAAUUCCUUGAUUCAGCGCAUACAUUACAGAAUAAAGAAAGAGUUGGCGCGGGACAGGCAUUUAGAAUUCAGAUGGCGACAAUUAUGGGAUGGAACGGGCAAAACAGAUAUGUUUACACAUAUGAUGCCAUUCUACUCAUAUGACGUACCUCACUCGUGUGGCCCAAAUCCUAAGAUAUGUUGCCAAUUUGACUUCAAGAGAUUACCUGGUAAUGGUGUUACCUGUCCUUGGGGGAUAGCUCCUAUUAAAAUCAUUCAGAAAAAUGUUGCUGAAAGGGCGUCAUUAAUAUUGGACCAAUGGCGUAAGAAAUCGCAACUGUACCGGAGUAAUGUGGUACUGUUUCCUCUCGGUGACGACUUCCGCUACGAUCGUCCAAAUGAAUGGGAUCACCAGUAUUCGAACUACGAAAUGUUGAUAGACUAUAUCAAUAAUAAUGACGAUUGGAACGCUGAGGUUCAAAUAGGAACACUUAGCGACUACUUCAAAGCUCUGCACGAGGAAAUAAAGCUUUCCGACUUUCCCGUUCUCUCUGGUGACUUUUUCACGUACGCAGACAGAAAUCAACAUUACUGGAGUGGUUAUUACACGUCCAGGCCAUUUUAUAAGAACAUGGACAGAAGUUUGUUAGCGUAUGUAAGGGCAGCAGAAGUUAUAACGUCACAAGCGGUGUCAUCGAAAUCUGUGACGUACAUUACAUCUCUACAAUUAAGGGAUCGUGUGGAAAGGGCCAGGAGGGCAUUAUCACUGUUCCAGCAUCACGAUGGUGUCACUGGUACGGCGAGGGAUGAUGUGGUACUUGAUUAUGCGAGCAAAAUGCUUCAAGCGAUAAAAGACAGUCAAUCGGUCAUACAACAAGCGGCUUUCUACCUCCUCAAACAACCAGCCAUUAUCGACCAAAAUCAAGAGGAUAUUUAUUUCGACGUUGACGACAUUUGGCGAAAGAAUAAUGAAAUUCCAGCGAGAAUCACGAUUGCACUGGAUGAAGUGUCGCCAUCUAGGCGUCUAGUGCUGUAUAACGCUUUGGCAUUUAGACGACAGGAAAUAAUUACUGUGUUCGUGUCUUCGCCCCAUGUUGAGGUAUUUGACCCCGAAGGUAGUCCGAUAAUGGCCCAAAUAUCGCCCGUUGUGUCGGGUGAAAAGCGGCUAGGUUUCGCCGCGAACAAGUUUCUCCUUUCCUUCCCUGUCACGAUUGACGCGCUCGCACUUACAGCGUACAGUGUCUCGCUUAGAGACAGUAUGACAAUUAACAAGUAUACGUCAUACGCCCGUGUACGCGUAUACAACGCGGACUACUGGAACAUUGACCUUCCAAAGAUGUUCGCCAUUGAGCAACCCUCUGCCCGAUUAUCCGAUGACGUCACCAUACAAGCGGGCAAUAGUACGCGAGUCCUCGCGAACAAGCAUGGCCUUAUCAAAGCCAUCAUAUCCACCGAUGGAAGGACCACGCCGGUGCACAUGGAUUUUGUUCAAUAUGGCACCCAAAAAAUGACAGAUAACAAUAGUGGAGCAUAUCUUUUCAUCCCGGACGGUCCCGCCCAACAGUUCAACUUGGACGCGUAUCCCGAACUGGUCAUAACCGAAGGACCGUUUAAGGCAACACUUUAUACCGCACUCAUUGGUCCGAAGGCGGCUGACGUCAUCUUAGCUGUAUCUGUAUACAACAACCCCUCGCUGCAACAAAGUGAAGUGGAAGUGACCAACACAUUACUCAUAGACCCACAUGUGGAUGACUUGGAACUGGCCAUGCGGUUCUCUACAAGUAUCAAAAAUGGAGAUGUCUUCUAUACUGAUCUUAAUGGGAUGCAGAUAAUAAAACGGCGGUACUUUGAAAAAUUACCCCUUCAAGCCAAUUUCUACCCACUUGGAUCGAGCGCGUUCAUUGAAGAUGAAAGCUCUCGUCUUACCAUUUUAGCGUCUACGCCUCUUGGUGUGGCGGCUUUGCAGACCGGACAGAUUGAAAUAAUGCAAGACAGACGUCUCUCCCGCGAUGAUAACCGUGGAAUGAACCAAGGUGUAUUGGACAACGUACGGACGAGACAUACAUUCAAACUUAUUGUUGAACAUGCGCAUACGCCGUGCUCGCACAAACCGUUCGAUCACCCAAGCGGGUACCUCACACUCGGGGCCCACGUCUCCCAGCAGUAUUUACUUCAGCCCCUUAUAACUAUGCACUACACGGCCAACGAGAACUCGCCUAGACCGAGUUAUUCGCGAUCCAUCACAAAUGCCGCUGACGUCAUACUCGCCUCAUACCGGUCGCAUGUUGCUGUCAAGAAUAAGGACGGAUCAGUCUACCACGGUAUGGGUUUGACGGUACAACGUGUUCAUUUGGACACGUGCUUCGGUAACGCGGCCAUUUCCAAGUUUUACCCAUCUGGCGAUGGACAAGUACAACUCACAGAUAUGGUAGACGUCCAACCGGAUCGAGUAUUUGACAGUUCACUUACAUUCCUGCACAUUCGUUCACCCGUUCCUGACGCUUCACUCGUUCUCUGCCCCAUGGAGGUGCGAUCCGUAUUCAUCAAUUAUACUCUGAAGCACGGCUGAACGACUGAACGAUUGACGUGUGAGUAUUGAAUUGUCAGUCGCGUGACUAAAGCGUAUUAAAUUAUUUAUGUUUGUGAUAACUUUGUCUUUCAGGCAUUGUCAAUUAAUUUUAUUUUAUAUAAAUUGUAUAAUUCCAAAGCAAUCACAAAAACGCGGUUUACUAAUAUUUGUAUUGAUAAAUUAUAAACUACGUAACGUCAAACUCCAUGAAACGUCAAAAUUUCUUCGGAAUAUGUUCCAUCAGCGUCUAUAUGUUAUGAUCCUUAAAUUUUUAUUGACACUUUGAAAUAUAUAUAGCUAAUUAUAUAUAUAUAUAAUUACACAUAAGAACUGAUUUUUUUGAGUAAUAAAACUUAGUGUUUAAGCGUCGUAAUAUUAAAUCCAGUUUCUGAUGUAAUUAAUACAAUUUUAAAUGUUUAUUUCUGCAUUUUAUAUUACCUGUUUUCGUUUUGUAUUGACGAUUCUUUUUUGAGUUUUUUCGUAUAGUAUAGGAUUUAAUCAAAUUUGUCAUCAUGUGUGUAUAUUAUGACCAUCUUUUUGUAUAUAUUUUAGUUAGUAAUUUAAAUAAAUAUGUUUUUGAACAUACAUGGCGUGUAUACGUGAAUUUAGAAAUAAGCUUUUUAAAUUCUCGAAGGAUUGAUGUUCUAAAUGAAUACUUCGGGUUUUUGAAGAUUGUUGCAAAAUGGUAGCAUUUCUCCUGUCACAGAACCCAUCUGGGAUGAAAUUUUAUUGUUUGUGGAGAAUAGUACAGUUCCUACAACCUAUAGUAGUCGAACAACUCGCUGGCUCGAAGUACCCAGUGGCUAAGGCCGAGAUUUUGUAUCCUGUCUCUUCAGUCGGUAGCUGAUUUCUGAAGGUUGUAGUAGGCAGGGAAACAUCUGGAUUGGACUAUCUGUUUCCACCGGUUUCGGUCCAUUUCCUCUCAUAGGAUAGUGUACAGUUUUGAGGACGAUGAGUUCGAUGAUCGGUCCAUUUGGUUGAACUUCCAACCAACCGAUCAGUUUCUCCAAGUUCUCAUCGCCUCAGCGCAUUGUAUGGCCGUAUGCAGAGUUGGUUAGGAUCGAUGUAUUGGUGCGCUCCCAAUCCAGUCCACGGUAAUCUUAGAAUUCACUUGCAGCAUAGAGGUCGUAAUCAUUUUGUUUGUGCGUUUACGAUAUGACGUCCGUCGCUGGCGAAUAUCUAAGAAUAUAACAAAUCCAAUUUUGUUUGGCAGUUUAAUUAGCAAAUAAAAAGACAUAGCAUUUAUUAAGAUACAAUUAUGUAUUGUUUAUUUAUUAAUUAUGUUGUGCUCGUAAAAAUCAAAUUGUUCACUCGCACAUGGCUCGCUGUAAGGUUUGAUUAUCAUAUUUUUAUUAUUAUUGUGUAAACUGAAAAUUAUUUAGAUGUCAUAGUGUAGUUGGUUUUAUUCGACGAUGGAGAAUUUGGAUUGAUAUCCUAAUUGUAUUUGUAAUCAUAACAAUCAAAUAUUAGUAUUUACAAUUUUCUUAACCUACAUAGUUAUGAUAAAAACAUUAUAAAAAUAAAUAAAACAAAUUUAAAUAGUUUGGUCCCUGGGGCAGUAAAGGUAUUAACGCUGGCAGCAUUACUCUUUGUAUUGCGAUACUUAUUCGUUGAGCGAGGAAAGCACCAACUCUGUAGUCACCGCUCACACAUUAUUAUUAUUAUUAUUAUUACAUCUUUAAUCGGCGCCUGUGCACUUGAACCCCACGGCCCAAGAGUCUCUACUCCAAAGGGAAUAUUGAAUUGGUAACACUUAGACUUUUAUCUGACAUGAUUUAUCGUGUGCCAACUUAUACUUUUGCGCCAUUUUGGUUUACAGGCGUUAGAAUUGUAUAAAAUUUUAAAUCUAUUAUCGUCCAAUUAGUUUAAUGUGCACUGUUAACGUAGCAAGAAAAUUUUGAUAAUAAUCACUAGUGGGCAGGCGUAAUUUCGAUUUUGCAUUAGCCGGAAAUCCAAAAUUUUCUUGCUUGCUGUUAAUUUUUAUUAUUUUUGUGUAUAUAUGAUUUGUAUUUUUUUUGUAAAUAAAAAAAUGUUUUUAAUA